CAGAGUGCACGUUACGUUGUUGUCGCACGUGAACUGAGCGGAAGUGAAUGAACAGUUGACCGGGCAGGCUAAUCCGCUAGAAAUCAACACAACAAGAUGGAGGUGGAGCAGCUCCUGUCGCUGUCUGGCUCUGCACUGGCCCAGGCUGUCAGCUCUCUGCUGGAGACCCCUGGCCUCUACGUUUUCUCCGACAUCCUGGAGCUGCCCAACGUCAGAGAGCUGGAGAAUGGUCCUCAUGCACCUGUGUACCAGCUCCUAAACCUUUUCGCCUAUGGAACCUACUGCGACUACAAAGAGAGAGCGGCCUCUCUCCCAGAGUUGACCCCCGCUCAGAGAAACAAACUUCGCCAUCUGUCCAUCAUCAGCUUAGCUUCCAAUCUCAAGUGCCUGCCAUACUCGCUGCUGCUGCAGCAGCUAGAGCUGAAGAACGUGCGCGAGCUGGAGGACCUGCUGAUCGAGGCCGUUUACUGCGACAUCAUCCAGGGCAAAUUGGACCAGCGAAACCAGCAGGUGGAGGUGGACUGCAGCGUGGGCCGCGACCUCGGCCCCAACGAGCUCCCCAACAUCAUUAACACGCUGCAGGAGUGGUGCACAGGCUGCGAGGCGGUGCUAUGUGGUAUCGAAGAGCAAGUCUCCCGGGCAAACCAGUACAGGGAGAGCCAGCUGAAGGUCAAAGUCCAAGUGGAAACAGAGGUAUCAAACCUACAGAAAACACUGAAGGCCAGCGCCGCCUCACCGUCAUCAGGACCCGCCCCCGCUGGAGCAGCGUCCAAUCAGGAUGCUGACCAGCCGGCCGAACCACGGGAUCCCGCCUCCUCUCAGGAAUCACGCCAGCCGGGCAAAAAAAGUUCUAAGGUGAAAGGGCUGCGAGGCAGCGGGAAGAUCUGGUCCAAGUCCAACUGAAGACGUGAGAAUCAGCAGCACUGAUCGACACUGUCACUGGAUUUGUUGUGGGACAAGAGCAUUGAAACGGGGGAGACCCUCGCUGCAGGCACCUUUUUAUAAAGUCACCUAAUCUCACCUUGAUGAACUUGCAGACGCGGCCAUUGCGACGUCCCCUCCUGCCGUUCUUUAGCGAUUGAACAAGAGGGGACAGCCGGAUGCCUUUGCCCAUAAACAGGAGCUCAUCUGAUGCAUUUUGAUGGUGUGUGCGCUUUUAUUUUUAUUGCUUUGAACGUGCUCCUUUUGGCUUUGACUUCUUUGUCAUUUUCCUUCCGCUGAGUUGAUAAAUGUGGAAAAUGUUGGGAAAUUAAAGAAAAAAAUCUUGCACUUAUUGCUGACAAGCUCUCAUUAAUGUCACUGUCUCAUCUUUUAAUAAAUGCACUUUUGAGUGCAUCUCUGGAGGGCAUGCUGCUAAAUGUUAACUCACAGAAGGGGGGCUACCAUUAGGAGGUCAAGCCGUUAAUUAGGGCGCGUCCCUGAAGACGCUCAUGCGUUACAGAGCCCAGGCUUCCCCUGUGUGCAAGCAGCAUGGCUACAUGCAAAGAGCAUUCAUAUCUCUCGUUUGGCCCUGAGCUUCUACAGCAGGAACCUCCCUUGCUGAACACCCUAAAACUCGAACAGUAUGGAUGUCACCCCUGAGACUUCAUCUCGGUGAGUAAAUGAAGCAGAGUUUCCCCAGACUUUUUCAGUUCAAGGCCUAAGUUACAGUUCUUUCUAAGGACCCAAACUUAGGAAACUUGUGUUUCUAUAAAAUCAGCAUACAUUGUAAGUAAAAUAGUGGGAAAGAACAAAAAUCAUAAAUUAUUGAAUACAUACAUACAAAUGAAUACAUAAAUACAUACAGGAGUAAAAAAAACGGACAAAAACAAUAUAAAUGCAGGGUGUUGAUUAUGCAAUAACAUCUGUAUCAGUAUACAGUAGGAUAGGAAUGUCACAAAAUCUCACAAGAAUAAAACGUGAAUUAAAACAAUUGUCGUUCAGAAAGAAUUUCUUGUGGGUACAAGGCCUGGGAUGAUGAUAAAUCAAUUAAAUAAUCACACAAUAAAUGAAAAUUAUUUGUCACACAUGCAAAAAAUAAAAUCAGUAAGGGGGCAGACACUUUUUUACACAACUAUUUUUGCACGUUUGUCACACUUAAAUGUUUCAGAUCAUCAAAGAAAUUUAAAUAUUAGUCAAUGACAAUACAACUGAACACAAGAUGCAGUUUUUAAAUGAAACUUUUUAUUAUUAAGGGAGAAAAAAAAUUCAAACCUACAUGGCCCUGUGUGAAAAAGUGAUUGCCCCCUAAACCUAAUAACUGGUUGGGUCACCAAUAGCAGCAACAACUGCAAUCAAGCCUUUGCAAUAACUUGCAAUGAGUCUCUUACAAGCGCUAUGGAGGAAUUUUGGCCCACUCACCUUUGCUGAAUUGUUGUAAUUCUGCCACAUUGGAGGGUUUUCGAGUAUGAAGCGCCUUUUUAAGGUCAUGCCACAGCAUCUCAAUAGGAUUCAGGUCAGGACUUUGACUAGGCCACUCUUCAUUUGGUUUGUCUUCAGCCAUUCAGAGGUGGACUUGCUGGUGUGUUUUGGAUCAUUGUCUUGCUGCAGAACCCAAGUUGGUUUCAGCUUGAGGUCACAGACAAAUGGCCGGAAGUUCUGCUUCAGGAUUUUUUGGUAGACAGCAGAAUUCAUGGUUCCAUUUAUCACAGCAAGGCUUCCAGGUCCUGAAGCAGCCAAACAGCCCCAGACCAUCACACUACCACCACCAUAUGUUACUGUUGGUAUGAUGUUCUUUUUCUGAAAUGCGGCGUUACUUUUGCGCCAUAUGUAAUGGGACACACGACUUCCAAAAAGUUCAACUUUUGUCUGGUCAGACCACAGAGUAUUUUCCCGAACGUCUUGGGGAUCAUCAAGAUGUUUUUGGGCAAAAUUGAGACGAGCCUUAAUGUUCUUUUUGUUUAGCAGUGGUUUUUGUCUUGGAACUCUGCCACGCAGGCCGUUUUUGCCCAGAAAGGUUCACCACUGUUGCAUGUUUUCUCUAUUUGUGGAUAAUGGCUCUCAUUGUGGUUCGCUGGCGUCCCAAAGCUUUUGAAAUGGCUUUAUAACUUUUUUCCAGACUGAUAGAUGUCAUUUAAUUUUAAAGUUAUUGUCAUGGGAAAAAUUAUUAGGCCACCCUUGUUUCUUCAGUUUCUUGUUCAUUUUAAUGCCGGAUACAAGUAAAGGUACCUUUUUGUUUGGACAAAUAUAACAAUGACAACAAAAAUAGCUCAUAAGAGUUAUUUUUUUGGCAGUACAAUGCAAGAACUUCAUGUACGAAGUUAGUCAUCAAGAAAACCAUGGAAGUUGGUAGCUAUCAGCUCUUUAAUUAAACUCUUCUGAGCUAUAUUUGUUAUCAUCAUUAUAUUUGUCCAAACAAAUGUACUUUUAGUUGUAUCAGGCAUUAAAAUGGAAUAAUAAACUGAAGAAACAAGGGUGCUCUAAUCAUUUUUUCCAUGACUGCACAAUUUCACGGCCGAGAUUAGGGAUCUUGGGCUCAAAAGGUUUGGUGACCACAGCUGUCCUUCAUGUGUUCUGUGUACACAGUCGGAUAUUUUAAAUGCAACACACCAACACUCAGCAACUUUCACGUCAUCUUUUGAGAUUUACGUCGUUUGUAGCCAGAAUAUACACAUUUAAAUAAAAAGUCCAUUUAACACAGAACCUGUCCAGUGGUUAACUAUAAAGGUUGUGUGACCGUUAAUAAGUGUUUAUGGUGGAAACGGUUUGACUCUGGAGCAGAUUAUUUCAAUGAUAAUUGGUCCCUAUGAAAAUUGUUGUUAAUUAGAACAAAUUUGAAGUUGACCAGUGUCCUGGAAGGCAUUAUGGUUGACGUGGUAGUUCCACAAUGUUGUUUUAAGGUCACAAAUUGCAAAUCUUUCCUCUCCUUGCGCUUGCUUCCUCUCAACCUCGUAGCAAGAAUUAGCUGUCUCAUUUGAAUGGAGAGAAGAACAAUAAUAAUCCUGUUCAAUGUUAAAUCUUCCGUCUUGUCCUCCACGUCUAUAAAUAGUGGCGUUAAUUUCACUCACAGUUCUUUUUUUUUUUCAUUCUUCCACUCCUGUGAAUUCUAACAGCUGUACACCUCCUGCGAGUGUUUCUUAGUGAAUGUGUGUGUGUGUGUGUGCAGCCAAGCAUGUUUUUUUUAAGGUGUGACCAUGUGAGUGAUGACAUGAGUUCACACCUAACAUUGUUUCUUGUCCGCCACAGUAUGCACAACUUUAACAAAAAAAACACCCCCACAGUCAAUCAAUUACGCCCAUUGGUAAAAUCUUCCCGUUUGAUGGACAGUGGCUGUGCAGCGACUCAAUACACUCGUGUGGCAUUUCUUCUCCAGCGCACGCCCUGAUUUUAUUGGUGCUUGUGUGAGGAACUGUGCACAGGGGAAAUUCUUACCUACACUAAUCUGCCCGAAGCCAGAGGAAUCCAUAUGAGGUGAGGAGAUAAGGAGACGCAUCACGAGCUGACGCUUCCUUCCUUCAAUCCCUCAGCUUGCUCUAGUCCUUGGUGGAAAAAACAUGAUUGACACAUGCUGGAGGAUUGUUAAAAAAAAGUGCCACGCUUGGAAAUCAAUACAAGGCUCUGCAGUCGGUUUGCACUACGGGGAUACAGUAUAGCUAUUAAAAUAACAUUUGCAACGUAAGCACUGCAUUUCACACAGCUCCAAGCAUUGACAAUGACAUACACAGAUAACAGCACAAAGCUAAAACACAGCCUUUAUUGAACUUGCAUGGUACAGCAAGACCAUAAUUGUCCUACAGGAUUUUUAUUUUUACUAAAAAUCACAAGAUGGAAUAUCUGUGAGAUUGCACAAGUCACGCAUGUUACAACCAGCAUGACACCUGUUGGUAGAAGAAAGGUUCAAACACUGUAAGGACAAAAGUAUCGGAACACCUGUGAUCUGUGAGUUACUUUAGUUUUUCAAUUCUGCCUCUCAAACUGCUAGUGUUUUAAGUAACAUUUUAGCAUAGUUCAUUGUCAUGCAAGUGUAAAGAAGUUAUACAAGCAACCGUUGCUAAUAGUAAAACUCUUUAACUUUUGGACAAUAUUUUUCUUUGGAUUUUAGGCCAGGUCAACUCCUAAUUGCUCGGCUGAACUGUUCAAGUUCAAUUGUUGGACAAAUAAGCAGACCAAUUGUGUUUGGAUAUGUGGUAAGGGUGGUGACAUAUAACCCCUUGUUUAUUGUGGUAAAUUGGUUCCUGAUCCGACCGUGAUAAGUGAAAUAAGCUGCUGAGCUAACUAGUCAGCCUCUCCAAUUUACUUACUCUAAACUUAGAGUGUUUCAAUCAGAGUGAGGAAGAAGGACAAAGAAGCCAAAAACGUACCACUUCCACACGGAAUGAGAGGAGAACCUUUUUUUUCCCACUCAGUCUCAGCCAUGGCAUGUCAGUCUCUGCCAUGGCAUGUCUGUCUCUGCCAUGGCAUGUCUGUCUCUGCCAUGGCAUGUCGGCUCGGCUCUGCUGGCGCAGUAGCUAGUCUCCAUGCAGAAUGAAAGGUAAUGUAGUCUCAUAACAUUUCUGAUGCCUAGUGACCAAAAUACUACAUGUAACUUCCAUACAUCCAUUUUCUAUGCCUCUUAUCCUCAUCAGAGUUGCAGGGGUAUGUUGGAGCCUAUCCCAGCUGACUUUGGGUGAGAGGCGGGGUACACCCUGGACUGGUCGCCAGCCAAUCGCAGGGCACAUAUAGACAAACAACCAUUCACACUCACAUUCAUACCUAUGGACAAUUUGGAGUCGCCAAUUAACCUGACAUGCAGGUUUUUUGGAAUGUGUGAGGAAACCGGAGUACCCGGAAAAAACCCACGUACGAGAACAUACAAACUCCACACAGAGAUACCCAAGCGGAGAUUCGAAUUACAUAAAACUUCAAUAUUUUUUUACUAACAAUAAGCCAUAGUCAACGACAAAACAGCGAUAAUUUAUUAUUUUUGGAAAAACCACAAUAUAGCGAGGGAGCGAUAUUCAAACCGCUACAUAGCGAGGGAUGACUGUACUGUAUGUUUACGCUUGAUAGCUAGAAGUGAACUAGAAGUUUCGAUGCUGUGCAAUCAAAUCUUAUUCAUAAGGUAUAAACUCAUACAGUUGCUGACACAAGUGAGUACACCCCUCACAUUUCAGCAACAGUUUUAUUAUCGCAUCUCAAAGGGACAAUACUGUAGGAAGCAAACUUUUGACUAAUUAGUGUACAGCUUAUAUUGCAUUAUAGAUUUAGUCAAAACACAGCCAUUAUCCUCUAUAAACAGCUGGCAACACAAGUGACUACUCCUCACUGUGACCAUGUCCAAAUUGUGUCAUUGGUGUAAACAUUUAGUGGGAGUACCAUUGUUAUCUUCCAGCACUGCCUUGAGCAUGGAAUUCACCAGAACUGCACUGGUUGUUUCUGGAAUCAUCUUCCACUCCUCCGCGAUGACAUCACUGGUGGCUGGUGGAUGUUAGACACCUUGCGCUCCUCCACCUCCUUUACUUCCGAUUCAAGAUGCACCACAGGUGCUCAGUUCAUCACUCCACCACCUUCAACGUCAGCUUCCUCAGCAAGGCACUUGGUGGUGAUUGGACUCCUUAUCCUGUUGGAAAACUGCCAUGCGGCGUAGUUUCCCAAGGGAGAGGACCAUGCUGUGCUUCACAGUGUCACAGUAUGUGGUGGAAUUCAUGUUUUCCCUCAUUGAACCGCAGCUCCCCGGUGCCGGCAGCACUCCUGCAGCCCCAAACCAGGACACUACCACCACCACGCUUGACUGCUGCAAGACGUAUUGUUACUCACUUGUGUUUCCAGUUAUUUCUAUAAUAAUGGGUGUUGAGGAGACAUCCAUAUUCAGUAGCUAGUAACUAUAUGCUGCAGUACAGCUGUACACUGACCACUCUAGUCUACUCUAGUUUGAGAAGCACUGAUCCAGAAGAAUAUUUGUAAGGGUUACUAAUAGGGGUGUCACGAGACACUCAGUUCACAAGACGAGAAGAUGCACGAGAUUAGGUCUACGGGUUGAGACACGAUUUUAACUUUACUUUGAAGAAAAGUACAAAGAAAACAAAAAAUAUACCAAUGACAAUAUAUUGCAAUCUACUAAUAUAAUUUCUACUAGGUUACACUUUCCUGCACUCUGUGUGUACCCACGAGACAAUGAGACUGUAUGACUGACAAAAGGGCUCACUCCGUUCAUGCUGUUGUUCUAUGGAACACAGUGGUUGAAACCAAUGCACAAAGUGAACCCUAUUCCUGCCGGGAAGAGGAAAAGAGACACGCAUGCACAUGGCAAUGUAUUGAGGCCGGCAAAAUUGUCAAAUUCAUUUUCACCUAUUGUGUGGUUAAUUUAUUUAUUAUUGUCCCAGGACUAGUGCCCAUGAGAAAUCUUGUGACAUGAGAUCUUGUGACACCCCUAGUUGCUAAUGCUGGGCCUGGCUAGCACACAAUCUCAGUUCUAGUUCAUCCCAAAGGUUUUCGGACGUUGUGCAUUGGGAACAGACAAGGUGCCUUCUCCAAACUGUUUCCACAAAGCUGGAAGUACAAAAACGUCCAAAAUGUCAUCUGAUUGAUUAACUCAGGGCCGCCGUCUCAAGACUUUUGUCCAUCACCGUCAUCUCUAAAGCUGCUUUGAAAAAGUUGCAGAGAAAACAAAAACUUUGGACAUUUGGCUUUGCAAGGUUCUACAAGACAUUAGGAGCUGAUAGAUAAAAUAGACUAGAUUUAUGAGUAAUAGAUUUGAAGCCAAUCUCACAGACACAACAUGAACGUUCCUUCAAAAGUUCCUUUGGUGCCAUGGUGACAGACGACAUACAGUGAUUAGAUGCGAAGGCAGAUGAUGGCGGGUUUUGUUUUCAAGAAUGUCUUGACUGUCAACAAGAAAAAAAAGGAGGAAGAAAAAAAACCCUUUGGGAUUCGUUGCUUCUUGGCAAAAAUUCCACCACGAUCUAUUCACGUCUUGAAUAUUUUAUCUGCACGGUGAAAUAAACGCUGGGCGCACACCUCGGUGUGAACAAAGGGUGCUCGCUAUGAGGUGAAUGCCAGAUAAUUAAGGAAACAAAUCAUGAGGAAAAACUGGAGGGAAAAAUACACACACGUAAUUUGCAUUUUUAUCCAGCAUGCUUGAAGCAAGGAGCAUAUUUGGAGCGUGACAUGUUAAACACAUUGCCUGUUGGCGGCAGCCCCGCUAAACAGCUUUAUGAAAGUCCUGCUUGGGAGAUGCCGAUGCUUGAUGUUGGCUUUUUACCUAAAAAAAAACAACAAAACAUGAAUUUGGGCGUCAUUUUCUUGGGUUUCAGAGUAGUGUGACUGGAAGCAGUGAUGUGGAAGCACAGGUAGCGAGAUUGGGUCCUCAAAUGGGAUGCUGCACGGCUGUUAAACUGUUUGUUUGUGAAUUAGUCAUGGCGGGUCCAAGCAGUGGAGUUGCUUGUCACGGCUCGGGGGGCCGUAACAGUGACGCAGAGAGCCACACGGACGAAAUUUAGAACACAAGGAAGGAAGGAGAGAAGCGGCGAGAUGAGUUUGGGUUGUUUUUUUUUUUUUCUUUUAAAGACCUCAGGGUAGCCGAGCAGUGUGCGCUCUGGUCCCUGAAUGCAUUUCACAGUUUCGGAGAAAAUAAAAAUGGUGCUGCAGGCAAAACAAAAAUGUUGACGCUCCAAUCGUAGAAAUAUUCACCAUAUGGAAAAAGAGCCACCUCAGAGGUUCACCACCGGGAUCCUGACACAGCAAGAGACAAGACAAAAAACACUGUUUUAAACCCAAAAAAAAACAGAAGCCGGUAGUCUUUUUUUGUGCAAAGUGGAACAAAGAGGCCUGGAGCUUGGAGAAAGGGAUGCUCUCCUAAAACGACUCAAGCUGCUUCACAAGGGACUCAGAAGGAGGAGUGCAGCACUAUAAUUAUCCUGAUUUGAGAUUAACUUUAAAUACCCUUGAACAAAAGCUACGCUCAGUGGAUGGCGGCGCGGGUUUAGUCGCCUUCUCCACAAUGACUCAUCACGGCAAGGAGAGUUUGAAAACAGCAACAACACCCCCGGCCUGAAUGGUCCUCUGAGAAUAGUGCUGCUGUCCAAUUAUGGUAGAACUCUACUGAACUUGAACACAAAGAUGGAGACGCAGGGUGCCUUCACACUUGAUUAAAAGGAACUUUGGUGCGUUUGCUCUGCUUGUACGGUUUGUUUGGUUAAGCUUGCAAGUUCGGGUUCACAUGAAAGCACACGGACCAAAGACAAAGCUCAUUGUUAAAAUGACAGCAAAAAGCAUGCAGAAAUGAAACAUUUUUGGAAAGUUUUUGGAAGUCUCUCUGCUCUGCUCUUUCCCUGUGUGUGUAUGUGUGUGUGACAACGUCGCUCUUGAAAAAAUACAUUGUAGAAGCUUCAUGAAAUCAAUUCUGGUAAAUGCGGUUUGUAAUAUUUGCAUUACGUCGUGUAACAUGUAGAUGUCCAAUGAAAUCCUUACUUCAUGCAUAUGUUCUUUACUGUCCAAUGAAAUCCUUACUUCAUGCAUAUGUUCUUUACUGCCCAGCCUUUGGUCCAAUGACAAAAAUACCAGUGAACACUAAGCGAAGUGCACCAGAGUUAUCUUUUUAAAUUCUUGGUCCGGACCAGAGUACCGAACCCCAAGUGUGAACGUAGCCAUAGACCCACUCUGGCGAAGGCGAGCAUUACCUCUCCCGGUCAGCGAAGGAGGAAGAGGUGCUGUGCAGCGUCUGGCGGCUCUCCUCGGAUGCAAGGGAGCACGGGAGUGCGCGGGAGAGGGGAGGCGCUACUCCACGGGAGAGCGGGGGCGGAUGCUGGGAACAGCUGCGAUCAUAACUGAGAGGAGAAGGGAUUGAUUGAUGGAUGGAUGGAUGGGUGGAAGGAGAAGAGAGAGGCAAGGAAGUGGCAUGAGAUGUUUGAGGCAGAGGAAUAACACGGAAGAGCGUCAGGAACAGAAAAGUCACUUCAACACUGAUGAUCACGUUAAAGUUCCUAUUGUGAGAGACGUAUAGUAGCACGCAUUGGACUCGUUCAAACAGUGACAGUAGCAAGAGGUAGAGGGAAUGAGUGACUUCAAGGAAAACUGCAUUUUUGAGGGGGAAUUUUGCCCAUCAUCCACAAUCUUUAUGUGAGCCAUGAACACGUCUUUCUCUUUUCUGUGCAUUCUAAAGGUAUAUAAACACAUUUAAAAAAACAGCUCAUUACAGCACGUAUGGCACUAACUUAUUCCGCCUACAAAGUGGUCUCAAAGUUUCCAAAAAGCGCCAACAAUGCUCCAUUUACAUAUCAUGUGACGUGUAUAUUAACCAAGCUACAGCGACAUUGUUAUUGUUAUUAUUAUUACUGGUGACAUUGUUACGCCGAUCGAACUAUGUUACUGGCGCAUUAACACUUACCACACCGAGUAGCUACUAGCCGGCUAGCGACGAGCUUCACCACAAAUUCGCCCGCAGAGCGUCAGCUCCGUGUUCACAAUGCCUCAGACCACGACCAAAAGGUUAGGCUACAUAUUCGAGAUGUUUUCAUGUUUAUGAAGUUAAUGCUAAGUGUAGGUGUGCGUUUUUAUGGUGCAUUGAUUUCUCAUAGCGCAUUAAUUUCUCAUAGCAUCUAUGAGAAAUCAAUGCGCUGAGAAAGGAAGUUGCGGUAACGAACAAAAGACGCGAAAUACUGUAAGUAUUACGUGUCAUCAUGAAUGUACCUCUUACUAUAUGGUCACAGCAUGGAUAUAAAACCAUCAAACUGUUUCUUUUGAUCUGUUUUCGUAUCUUUAGGACACACAGAAGAGAGAAAGACGUGUGUUCAUGUCUCACAAAAGGAUUGUGGAUGAUGGGCAAAAUUCCCAAAAAGUUUUGCUUUAGGUGAAAGUACAGUCCAGCGUUUUGUCUGUUUUUGUCACCUAAAACCUAAAAAUGAUAUUAUAAGCUCUUAAGUGAAAACAAUUAUUGGAUAAUGUUUUAAUUAGCUUCCAAAGUUAAGGGUUUACAGUCCGUUUUAAGACGUGGGGGUGGCAAUCUUUCCUUCUGUUUAUUUUGAUAGGAGCCGUACAAAUGAAUAAACAGAAGUAUAUCAUCUGCAAGGGUUGAAUCGGGACAACUGGAUUCUACCUGUUCGCUGAAAACAAACAUUGCCUCUAUUCAACCCUAGCGGAUUACCAUGACCUGGAUGAGUGAGAAUCUACACAGACACACAGAAGCAUAUACAACACAAAUGCACAUCAGCCGGAGUUAGCAGGAUGGCUACAAGUAGUUCACAUGUACAGUUACUGUUAGCUUCAUAGGUAACAGUAAAAGACGUACCCAAAAGAUAACUGUUAAUGACAUUUAUGCGUUGUGGUCAAAAUGCUUUGGAAGACUUUGGAAUGACUUAUGGACAAUUAGUUGUUCAGAUACAAAAAAGACAAAACACAAAUUGUCCCAUACCAUAAACUGGCGGCUUGGUGCCUUCACCAGCAUACACGUACCAAUGCUACCCUAACCUAACCUAACCCUCAACUAGCAAAGCAACACAACUCAGAUAUGUCAUCAGCACCGCUGUGCUGGCUCCCUUUCCAUCAGGGGUCAAUAAAGUAUUCUGAUUUAAAUGUUCUAUAAAUGUUAUCUUUGGAAAAACAUGAUUUCAGAUCUUAUAAAAAAAACAACAACAUAUAUAUAGCCAAUAUUUGUAAAAACGAGUGGAGGAUCCCUUGCAGAAGUUACAUAGGUGUAUGUUCUCACGGCCAAAACAGCCACAUGCAGUGUCCUCAUCUCCCCUUUGCUGCAACACCUGUCCUCAUCCUCCGUCAUGCUCCACAACACCAGGCCCGCGAUUUUAGUGGAAAACAACACAGAGUGCAAUAUGCCACUCUUCUGUGCUCGUAAUGAACUGGACUGUGGCCAGUUUCCACUAUACGCUAUCAUUUCGGUCCAUCUGCACCACCCAGCCCCCUCGCAUCUAACACAUGGCGUUAUUUACACAUUUAUGACACUGAAGUGCCAGCCAGUCUAUCACACCACGGAAAUGGAGAGCGAGACUCUCCAGUUUGUAUAAGGUCACUUUGGUUUGGAUCCCAAGCAGAGGCUGGUGAUGAAAGUUAGGUUGCGUUCACACUUGUGGUUCGGUACUCCGGUCCAGACCAAAAAUAAAAAACGCACACUUUAUGCACACUUUAGUGCAGUUAGCUUAGUGUUUUCCCACUGGUAUUUCUGUCAUGGGACCAAAGGCUGCACAGUAAAGAACCUCUGCAGAAAGUAAGGACUUGAUUGGACCGCUGUUGUGACGUAAUUCAGUAUUCCAAACCAUAUUGCCGUAGGUUAUUUUUAUAUUCCGCUAUAUUUACCAGCUUUGAUUUCAUGCAAAGCUUUUAAAAUUAAAAACAUUUAAAGCGCGCCGUUGUCACACACACUUUCAUUUUAACACUGGUCCCUAUCUUUGGUCUGUGUAGUGUUCAGCAACACCGCAAAUGUUCACUUGCAAGUGGAGAGAUGGGUCUCGGUCCGCUUGUUUGACGCACACCAGGGUUUGGACGAUGGCGUUCAUAAACGUUGACCAAACGAACCGUACGAACAAACCGUAGAGCAAACACACAAGAGUUUCUUUUAAAUGAACCGACUGUGACACGUGUGAACACACCCUGGGAGAAGCAACAGUUAGGUCCAUCUCAGGAUCAGAAGGAGAUGUUUAUGGGUUAGUUAGGGUUGGGUUUACGGGUUAUGGGGUACCAGCUCUUGGUAAACUGGGGGAUUAAUCUGAACAUGCUAGCAGUGCGGUGUUGGAGAUAAGAUGAGCAUUGGAGGCAGCGACAAUCACACGUGCUAUAGUGGCACAGAAAGCCAAGAACCUCAAGGACAGCAAGUUGGAACACAGGUAAAAGCACAGGAAAAAAAAUCCCUGCUAGACGAAGGAGGCCUAAAUAGGAGGAGAGUGCAUUUGAUAAUGUAAGACUGAGGGGGCAAAUCUGAGCUGAGAGAUAUGAAAAGGGAAUAUGAAGUGGAACAAAUUAUGCUGUUCCAGGCACUGAAUUGAAAAAUUAUGAUUGGCAGUAAGGGGAAAGAGAACGAACGUAUAAAUAAGCCACAUAAAAAAAAACCUUUACCAAAGAAGAUGCGCAGAAAACAUGGCAAGAAAAGGCCCGGCGGUCAAAUCAACUUGACAUUAUUGUUCUGAUCAGCAAUGCGUGGAAGCGCUCCACUAUAUCACCAAGAUGAGUCCCCGUUUCCCGCUAAUGGCCACGCUCUCCAGCAGGGCGAUAUAUAAGGAACGCCCAUCCUUGUAUUAGCGGCGUAAUGGCAGGUGGAAUAUUACACAUUUUUAAAAGUGAUCGCAAAUCUUUAAAGGUGCUAUUAGUACGCAUUUGAACAAGCUUUCCUUUCUAUCUUGUAAUGAUACUAUUUAUUUGAUUUUAUUUUUUUAUUUAUUAGGGACAAUGCAUAUUAAUGAACAUCUGCAACCAACGCAGAUGUAAUAUGCCAGAUUAUAGCACAACUGCUAGGUUCCAUCUGUAGUCCUGUGGCAGGUAACAGAGAAAUAACACUAAACAGUACAAAAACGGUACACAAUAACCACAAACUGUCUGACAAUCUCUUAUUGUUAAUGGCAGGCUGUUCCAAUAUUGUGUUCCUUUUACUGACAGCACUGUUUGUCCAAAAGUGGUACGUCUGUGUGAUACGUCUUUGCCCCUAAGGAGGCGAGAGUGAGCAAAGCAUGACAUCAGCAAUGUGUUCUAGCACUGUGGUACGAUUACUGGUGGUACACAGGAUCCGUCAAGGUGUGUGAAGAAUACAAGAGAUUGUUUUUAAUAGAAAUUAUAUUCUACGAUAGAAAUAUGAAAUAUUAACCAAAGAUUUGCUGAAAUUGAAUUCAAAUUCAAUGUUUAACUCACCUCAAAUGCCACAAGCAGAUUACCAGCGAGUACAAUCUUCAUAUUCAAAGCUAAACUGUUAGUAAGCAGAGGUAGCAUAAACACUAUUAUACACCAGCAUAAGCGUCACCCCCUGUUCAAGAUUUGUGUGUACGUUUUCCACAUAUGCAGGUGAAGCCAGCUUGGUGAACCACUAUUCUACCAAUGAAAACCCCAAAUACCCCCUUUAUGACUGACAUACAGUAUAAUGGUGUAUUUUUUUCAUAUGAAAUUCUACUAAAAUCAGCACUUAAAUGACCUGACAGCUUAGUUUGGAUGCCCCACCUGUACUUGAGCUCUCUUUGGGGACUCAAGCUUCCUCCCUAGUCCGAAGAGUCCAUAUAUGUUGGGUAAUUGGUGGGUUCUAAAGGAACUCCAGAUGCCCAUAAUCCUGAACAGGAUUAAAUUCAGUCUUGAAGACAGCUUGAAGUGGGAAGACUUUAUCAAUGCUAUAUAAGAAAUGGAAGUUUAAGGUACAGGCUGAAGUUCCACCACUGUUGUUGUCUUAAGGUAAUGGCCCAAGCUAAAUCCAGAAGAUUUAGCAAACCUCUGCUGUUUGGAAUCCAACCUGUGGUAGUACCAGAACUUUUGACCAAUAGCGACACAGCAAAGCUUGCUACCUCAAACUGAAGAAAAUUCCCUUGUAGUACUUGUACAGAACUCCACACUUAGCUUUUAAGAACUCCUGAGCAUCUACAGUAUAGUUAAUACAAUAAUGGUGGACACUGGUAAGAUGCUGCCCCCUAGUGGUUUGGAGUAUAGCCUUAAUGGUCAAGCCCUAACACAAACCCUUCCCUAAACCUGACACUAACACCAAACCUAAGACAAACCCUAACUCUAGACUUAACCCAAACCCAAAAACUUUCCGUGACACAAACCCAAAACCUUGCCCUAAAACAAACCCUGACUGUAACCCUAGCCCACAUCCAAGCCCCAUUUCAUAACUCUAACCCCAUCCCACAACCCCAGCCGUAGCUCUGACCCAAACCCUUACCCUAAAACCAAAUCCAAGGCCAAACCCUAACACUAACCCUCACGGUUGGAUAUGUACAAUGGCACGUGAACUUUAACAACUACAAACAGUAGACAAAUUGUAGAGUAGUACCUCAACGAUAGCCUGGUUUUGUCACAAUGAAAAUGCACGUUCCAUGAAACGGAUCAUCGGGUCACACAGAGGAUAAACUUGUCUUGUGUAUCGUCACAAAUAUGCACAUAGCAACUAUAAAUGCAGUCAUUGUUGCUUUAACUGGUGGAGCUCAUUGCGCUUUAACUACAAACUCCAUAAAAACAGGAACGCUAAUAAAGCCUCUUAAACUGUCACAUCAUCAUAAACAAAGAAGGGGUAGUUCCUACCAGAGUUUGGCGGUAAUGAUGAUUGCAGUCAGGAUGAGCAGCGAGGAGAUGGUCACAGUGACAUAGAACUGAGGGUCCACUGUAACACACACACACAUUCCUAUAGUUACUAUUCUCAGAGCGUGACCGUGUAUAAUUGUACUGAGAACAAAAGGGACAAAUCAAUGAGGGCAGCUGAACAUGAAAUUGGAUGUGCAAUUGUGACAGUGGCCUCCAACUACAACAGCAGUCCCGCCUUCCCGUCAUGACGGUGGCCAACUCCUGGCAGUGAGUGAUGCCAACUUUAUGAGGUUUUCCAGGCAACGGACGCGGCUGACUGCGCUCAGCGGAGCACCAGCCUUCACUCGGGUGACAGCUAAUUCUCGGGAAGACUCCUGGCAGUCGGGCACAUUGUUUUUUUUUUCUCAUGAUGCCCACCUUCUUCCUCCAGCUCUGUCCCCUCCGCUUGCAUCCCCCCGUCCUCUGCACCCUCUUGACUCCAGGACUCCUCCUGAGGAUGCGUGCUGGCAUCAGGAUAGCGCCAGUCCUCGGAGGUGGCGGCAGCAGAGCUGGCCUCCCGCUGGUUCCCUUGCUGACGCAGGUGCUCCGUUUCCUGGCUGGAGAGGAAGUGGUACGUCUCAUCCUCCAGAGGCUGCGUGGGGCCCCACACCACCGCCCAGAGAGGGGUCGGCGUCACUUGAGUGGUGACGGACAGCUGGACCGAGAGGGCGUCCACCCGCUCCUCACCCUCGCCGUCGUCACGGUUACAGGUGGAGGGCUGCGUCACCAGGGCGACCAGGACGAGGGCAGUCAGUCGUGCGACAGGAGAGAUGAAGCUGGGGACGAAAGAGAGAAGUUAUCCUGAGGGAAACAAACCUCCACUGUCCCCUCCCAAGCAUCACCUCGGAUGGUUUGUUUCCUCACCAUCUCUCCAUCGCUUCGCUCUGUUCACUGAGACACCACCACGCCGAUCAUCUCUGGAAGAUAAGACCGAGGGGCAAGAGAGGGAGGAAAACAAAGGGGGAGGGUCCGGCUUGCCAGAUCAGAAGGAUGCGAACAACGAUAGUAGCGGCACAAUUCCAGCUCUCUAAUCUCCUCUAAAUAUACAUGCUCCCCUGGGCUAUUGAAGUUUAACGCUCAAUUAUGCACCACUUCUAACACCUCAACACACUAAAAGUACACAUUCAUCACCCGGUCCGGUCCGGUCCGGUCCUCACACACCAUCACAUAAAUCAUCAUUAGUCCAAUACGAGUCCAAAUGACACUUUGAGCGGGUAGUAGUAACUUCUUAUCUACAGCUGCUGCAUAAAUGCCAACCAAAAUGUCACUCAAACACACGCGCACACACACACAGUCCGACACAUAUCAGUUUUCAUGCCUACCUCUGGCAAGUGGAGAGAGGGAAUGAGACAGUGAGAGAGGAAAAAGAGGGGGGAGAGCAAGGGAGGAGGAGAAAAAAAAAAGCAUUGGUUGCCUUAGCGACCGAGACAUGUCUAGUCCACGAGAGAGUGAGCAAGUGAGGGAGAGCGACUGAGAGAUUUAAAUGCUAAUUACGGUAUGUGUGUGUUUUUUAGAAAGGGUUCCAAUUAAAAGGGGCGUGGAAGAGAGAAUGACAUGUGACAAACAGAAAAGAUCAUUUCACAGGAAGGCGGAGUAUAAAAAAAAAAAAAAGAAAAGUUGAGCCUCAGAGGGGGAGAGAUGCAGUAAAAUUGAAUUUACAUUCAUUUACAUAGGUCACCCGGCAUGGCAUGGCAGCAGGGGAUGAAAGUGGCGAUUCCAGAGGAGACAGGGUCAGAUUGGAAUUUAUGCAAAUGGUUUAUUUGUUUCAUUGGGCAGAAUUAACAAAGUUACAUAGAAGAACAUCACGUUUACAUUUGCACAAUUCAACAUCUUAUUCAGAUCUUAUUCUCCAUGUCAAUUACUGAUAGUUUGUUCCCUUCCUGUGUUUAAAUGUCACCGUUUUAUAAUAAGGAGUAAAAAAAGUAAAAGUAAAAAGUAAAUGAAUAUAUAAAACUAAUUAGCAAAAUAAAUAAAUAUUAAAUUAAUUGAAAAAAAUUAAUGAACAAAUGUCGGCGUAAAAAACUGACUUUGUAUGAGCUUUGUAUGAUGAAUAAAUACAUGCAGGAUAUGUGCUGAAGGUUUUCAUGUUUGAAUGGUUUACAUAUUGUCCAUUUGUUUUCAAUGGGAAUUUGGUUGUGGAAAAUUGUGCGGAUGUUGAAAUGCUGGAAUGGUUUGUUGAGAAAUGUGGAAUAUUGCCCAUUCAUUUUCGGUGGGAAUUUUGUCACGAAAAAUGUGGGAAUUUUUGAGAUGUCAAAAAUUGCUCGCCUGAGUGAGAUGAAUGUUUUCAUGUUGGAAUGGUUUGAUUUGCUUGAGAAAUGUGGAGCUUGUAAAAAUGGUUCAUUCAUUUUCAAUGGGGAUUUUGUGCUGGGGAAUGUGGAAUUACGGCAAAUGUGGGAAUUUUUGGGAUGUCGAAAAAUGAUAGCCUGAAUUAGCUUCAUGGUUUGAAUUUGUUGACAUACGUGUAAAUAGUGAAAAUUGGCAAGAUCAAUGGGAAUUUUGUCGCAGGAAAUGUGGAAUUACAGAAAAUCUAGGAAUUUUUGGAAUUUCAAGAAAGGUUGGCUGAACGUCCCGGAAUAACUUGAAUGUUUUCAUGUUGGAAUGGUUUAAAUAAGUUCAGAAAUGUUGAAUAUUGUCCAUUUAUUUUCAGUGGGAAUUUUGUCACGAAAAAUGUGGGAAUUUUUGAAAUGUCAAAAAUUGCUAGCCUGAGUGAGAUGAAUGUUUUCAUGUUGGAAUGGUUUGAUGUGCUUGAGAAAUGUGGCGCUUGUAAAAAAUGGUUCAUUCAUUUUCAAUGGGGAUUUUGUCCUGGGAAAUGUGGAACUACGGCAAAUGUGGGAAUUUUUGGGAUGUCGAAAAUUGAUAGCCUGAAAUUGCUGAAUUAGUUGAAUGGUUUGAAUUUGUUGACAUACGUGGAAAAAGUGAAAAUUCUCAAGAUCAAUGGGAAUUUUGUCACAGGAAAUGUGGAAUUACAGAAAAUAUAGGAAUUUUUGGAAUGUCAAGAAAUAACUUGAAUGUUUUCAUGUUGGAAUGUUUUGAAUCGGUUGAGAAAUGUGGACGUAGUUGAGCGUGAAAAAUUAGGAAUAAUAAUAAAUAGAAUUGUCCUCGUCAGCAUUCAUACAGUAAUGAGUGAUGAAUGAUAGUAAAAGAUGCAAAUAUGGAGAUGUGACAGGUUUAUUUUAUGUGCAACUAACAUCUACAGACUUUGUGUCCAUAUGCUCUCAGUUCGCUGUCUCUUUCGCGUCCAUGUCCUCACUGGAGAACGCAGCGUAACCACGAGCCGGACCCCCCAUCCUCGACAUCAGUUUCUCUACCUCCCCGUCUUCCGUCUUCGUCAUCAUCAAGGUGUUCUAAGUUUAAAAAGGAGGCCAAAAGAAUUUGUCACGAUGCACGUCAUCUAAAAUUAACACGCUAAUCUGCCUGAUUGUGAGGCGCGUGUGAUUCCGUAAAUAAAACUGCUUUACCGUCGUCCGUCUCCUCGUCGUUUUCCGUGUCCCCCUCGGACUCCAGAGGCGAUUCUAAUCGGCUGUCUGUCCUCACAGUGAUGUCCCCCCUGCAGCGUUGACAAAUGCAAUUAACUCCAACUGUCUGAGGAGAACAUCAGCCCACACCUUUUGCACUUGCACCAAUCCUGAAUUGAUUAGCAAUGCAAAUAGGGCAGUAUGAUUGACCAGGAUGAACUGAACCCCCUUUAAGAAUAACAGCACACCUCCGUCUCCCGGAGCUGGGGAGCUGCUCCCACACAACGAGGUCGCGCCCUCCCGUGACCCAGCGGUGGUCUCCGCUCCCUGUGGUCCAAGCCGCGAAGCAAAGGAUUCUGGGAGCUCGCUGCCAGGUCAGAGAGGCCAGGUAGCGACACUGAGGCACAGAGAACACUUGGAGGGACAGAAUUGAGGUCGUGAAUCACAAGAGGAAGGGGUGAGGCGGGGGAUCGAUUUUUGAGUAAAGGGCUCACUCACAAUUUAGCAUGCUCUCUCCAUUGGCCAAAUCAUAGCAGGAGCCAAUUAGGAGGCCGGCUGUCUGGUGGACACAAUCUGUUACCCCUGUGACGCUGCUGUGAUUGGUCAGCCUGGAUACCGUUCCUGUGAUAAUUGGACAGAUGUUAGGUGAACUAUUACCUCGACCUGCAGCGGCCUUCUUCAGUCUGUUUGUGUAACUAAGCCAGUGGUGUUUUUGUUUGUGUUUUUGUAUUUUAGAAGAAAUGGUAAGGUGCCAGCUACUACCUGAACAAAACCUUUAUUCCUGUUUAAUGUUGAUUUUUUUAAAAUUAUUAUUAUUUUAUGACCACAAUGUUAGAAACAGAAUUGCUAGGAUUCUUUCUUCCAGUCGGGCCUUGGUCACUUGUUGCUAGGCAGAGUUCAUGGAGCUCAGACAAAAAUUCCUCAUAGGCCAAUGGAAAACCUGAUGCCCCACUAGGGGCAGGAACAGGAAGUCAGACAGACACUAUUUAAAUACCCCAAAAAAUAGCACUUGAAGAUUUAUUUCGCAACUCUAGUCAACCUCAAAUUAGUCUUCCCACUCGGAAAUAAUGACAACUUUUGCUUAUGUAGUAUAUUAACUAUUCUUUUAACGUUCUUAACUGUUAUUCAAGUGUAAAAAGAAGUUACCUACUGGUAUUCGUAAAUGUAAACGCUCGGAGUCUUAACUUGAAAUGAUGGCGUUGCCAGUGUGUCUCAUGCAUCUGUUGUUUUCCAUUUGUGUCAAAAGAAGUUAACUACUUUCAAUUGUAAAAAUAAAAACAAAGAAAGCUGACCAGUAACGACACGUAUGGUGACCCUGGAGUCGUUACUGCUUUGACUAUGAGUCCGGAACAUCCUGUAUGUUGUUAUUCUAAAAAAGCCAAAGAAAAAGCAAAGCCCAUUUGCUUGUUGUUCCGAGUUGAAAGUAUUUGCCCUAUAGAAAAUUGCGAUAACUGUCGGGGCCGUAAAAAACGGCAUUAACUACAUAGGCAAUGUUCUAAGUAACAUUUUAACAUUCUUAACGCUCAGUCAAGUGUAAAAAGAAGCUGAGCGCUGUUAUUCGUAAACAUGAAAACAAAUGAACAGUCGUUUCUUAAUGUUUCAGUAUUUUUGCCACAUGUAUAAAAAGACAUUAACAUUAAAAAGACAUUAACCACUAUCACGGAUUACCCCCCCCCCUCAGGAUCCGGUGGGGCACUGUCUCCUUCUGCCCCUAAUGCACUCAUUUGCAAUCACAGGCAGACAUACUGUUGCUCACCCGUCCUCCAAUGCAGGAUCUUGAUCCAUGCCUGACCGUAUGCCAGGAGUACUUUGUCCCCGCGGGGGCUGAGGGUGAGACGCCCUCCACCACAGCCCGUCACCUGGCCGCUCCAGCGAUGGAGAAGGCUCAAGGGGUCUCGGUCGGAGCAGCGGUUCUCCCACACGGACACCCCACCCUCAGCAGAACUGCUGAACACCAGCGGCCCCUGAGACUGUGGAGGGCACAGUUGUCAUGGCGAUGGGCCUCUGUAGCCAGUGUGUACACUAAUCAGCUUGUGUAGUUGUGUGUGUGUGUGUGUGUGUGUGUGUGUGUGUGAACAGCUUCAAAAUGUAUGCUUCUGAGGGGGCAAUUAUUUGGAAAUGGAUGGUGUGCCUUGAGAGAUAAACAAAGACAAUGACAGCUAUGCUCUACGCUUUAAUGCUUCAGGCCUAUAAUGAUGUUAGCAAAUUGAUUUCAAUAUUCAUGUGAAAGGCUUUUGCUGGGUAGGCGCCCUCACAGCUCCACAAAUAUCCAUUUGGAAGUAAUAAACAAUCUUGGACAAAAUAAAGAUAAAGCAGAGGAAAUGUGUCGGAAAACUGGUUCCUCUACUUCUACAGAGGGAGGAACAUUUUCAUGUUUUUUUACAUCCGCAAGAAGCUUAAAAAUAACCUGACAAGGCAGGUGGAUUGCUACACAAAACAAUCCUCCUGGGAGGAAGCCGAGAGAAAGUGACUGAAAAAGGGCAGCCUCUAAAUACUGUAACCCCACCCCCCCCAACAAACCACCAAAAAAAAAACCUUUCAAAAACUUUUCAUGACGGUGAUUGAAUGAACGUCCAAGUCAGUCACAUCCAUUAAGGAGGAGGAGUGCUUACAGUCAUGGGCUGAAGUUUUGGGAAUGAAAAGUGGUGUGAAAAAGUGUCCCUGAUUUAACUUUUUGCAUGUCUGUCACACUUAAAUGUCUCAGAUCGUCAAACAAAUUGAAAUAUUAGUCAAUGACAACACAACUGAACACAAAAUGCAGUUUUUAAAUGUGUGAAAAAGUGAUUCCCCCCUAAACCUAAUAACUGGUUGGGUCACCCUGAGCAGCAACAACUGCAAUGAAGCGUUUGUGAUAACUUGCAAUGAGUCUCUUACAGCGCUGUGGAGGAAUUUGGGCCCACUCAUCUUUGCAGAAUUGUUGUAAUUCAGCCACAUUGGAGGGUUUUCCAGCAUGACCCGCCUUUUUAAGGCAUUUGAAGGGAAAUUGUUGGUCGGGAACAAAAGUUGCUAAACAUUUGACCUGAAAUCUAAAUGUCUGUCCCUGAAUAGAUGCCUGUUACUCUCUGAAAUUGAGUCGAUAAAGACCUUCAGCCACUACAUGAGGAAAUCUAGUAUUUUAAAACAAUAGACCCACUUACCUGGAUGGAGGUGACUGCUUCCUGAUGCGCAUUGAUUGACUGGCAGUUGUCCAAAGUGUGCCAGCUCCAGGCUUGAACUUUGCCCCCGUCUGAGAGGAGACAGAGUGUGAGGUUAACACGCAGCGACAGGCGUCUGGCAGCCAUUACUGUUAGUCACAGUCAACACACCUGAGCCUGCCUGCCUAAAUUGUGUGCCUCCAUGUCCCUCAUGCAGCCCACUAGCCCUGCAGUAUGCUCAGCGAGUGUGUGUGUGUGUGUGUGUUUUUGGCAACCCAUAAUGCAUUCAUCUUCAUAGUGUAUACAGAGGUAGACAUCAUCCACUCUAUCUGAUGCAGCAGGCUUUGACUGACGUUUCUUUGUUCUUUGUUCACACCGCACCUGAGCCAGUGAUGAUGUAGCCGUCUCCCUCAGGCACAAAGCAGAGCGCCGUCACUGCGUUGAAGGUGUAGAGAGACUUUACACACUGCCCUUGAGAGGAGAAAAUAUUGGCUUAAUUGCAAAGACACGGACCACCAGUCACACAGACACACGCCCAAGGCGGUUUCUUCUUUCAUAUAUGCGGGGGGUUUUACAAACAGUACAGUUCAGCUGCCUUUGGUGGACAACACAGAGUGUUGACCAGGCUGCGUAAGCAGCAAGAGUGUUAAAUGGUGUGACUUCAUUGCAGCACGACAUAGUGGAACCUGCCCAUUAAUUCAAACAAGAAGAGGAACACAACAAUAGAGUCAACUUGUUUUUCCUCAUCAUAUUACCAUACAGUAAUAUUAACCUAAUAUUAAGUUGUUAAAUUCUUACAUUUUUCUUGGAACAUUACAUUUUUGUUGUCUUUAAAAAUUGCAGCGUUUUUGUUUUGUUUUGUCAUUGUCAAAAAAUUACAAGAUUUUCUUAUAAUGUGACUUUUUUUCCUCAUAAAAUUACCGUUUUUGUGGUAUUUCAACUCCAAUGUCAAUGUUAAUGAAAAGUAUAUUUUUCUUGUAAUAUCAUGACAUUUUCUUACGUUUUUUUCCCCCUUGUAAUAUUCACUUCAAUCUUGUGUGAUUCAGCUUUUCUUCAUGUAAUGCAACUUUUUUCCUCAUAAUAUUUUGACUUUAUUCUCAGAAAAUCCCAACUUUUUUCUCACAUUACUCCUUUUUUUCUCAUAAUUUGUGGACCUUCAUUUCAUUACCUUCAUUUCAAUCAUUCUCAUAACAUCGCGAGUUUGUUCCCAUACAACCCUUUUUCUUUUUUUGUAAUAUUACAACAUUUUCUUCAUAAUAUUCCAAUUUCAUUUUCCUAAUUGUUUUUCUUAUAACCUCAUAACAUCUUUCUCAUACAAUUAUAACUUCUUUCUUAUAAUAUUAUAACUUUAUUCUCAUAUAAUUCAGAUGUUUUCCUUAAAUGACAACUUUAUUAAAAUUAGAGCUUUUCUUUAGUUAUACUACAGUUUAAUUCUCAUAAAAGUCAGCCUUUUUUCUUGUAAUAUUAAUUCUUUAUUCUCCUAAAAUUUACAUUUUCCUCAUAAUAUUGCAACUUCAUUUUCAUAUUUUUUUUCUUUUAAUAUUACACUUUUUUUUUCUUUCUUCUCAUAUUGCAACCUUUACUCCCAUACAAUUC